AUGUUGAAAGCGGCGAGCGUCGGGAUAGCCUCGGCCGUCGCAAUGUCUCUUGGUGGCUGCAAUAAGCACGAUGAUUUCCCCUACAAGACCAGCUCGGCUGAGAUACUACCCCCAGAGGAGGCGGGCAACUCCUGCAAGGUCUUCCUCGGCGACCCCGACUCCUAUUUGGUCUUUACUCAUACCGGGGAUGUCCACACGCUGGUCAGUGGGCGUUGUGGUGGGCAGAUGGCCACCUUCGGUCCGAGAUUCUUCGACAACCUUCAACGGCGUGCCCCUACUUGCCCUGCCCUAUCGGAGUACCUCCACAGCGGCCGUGACUCCCUCCUCAACGGCUUGAAGGUCCUCUGCACCUAUACGGGCUCCACAGAGAGCGGCCCUUCCGGGAGUAAAAACUGUGAGGUUGACUUCCUGCCGGGUCAUUCUACCAUCACCCUCGAGUUCAAUGGUGACACUAAUGGUGACGCCCCCACUGCUAAAACUGCUGACCCCGACCUCUCCCAGUUGACCGAGUUCACCCAGGGUGCCAAGGACCAGAUAGACAUGGUAGACCUUCCAGCAAGGGUAGGAGGUGUUAAGCUAGACUGUGCUGCAAUCACCGCCUUCUCUACUGCCAUUGGUGGGUUCGGUCGUUACAUUUCCCAUAUGAACAACAACGCGAAUCUCGUUAUGACAUGUCGCACGGAGGAGUCUGUGAUUGCGCCGGCUAUCACUACUACUACGGUGGCGCCGCCUACCUCUACAGCUUCUACUUGA